AUGCGUGGAGCGAUGCUUGGAAUUCCACCACAACUACAAAUGCCUCCUUCGCACGCAAUGCCUCCACCGUUUCGCCUCAUGCCUCAGUGCCCCACUUCAAGAGUUGAAAGACCUCCAUUACCACCAAUGCAUUUUGUGCCAUAUCAGCAGCAGCAACUGCAACAGCCGUAUCGCCCGAAUUUUGAGAUGCCUACUGCACCGAUGCGUCCACCAUCACAUGGAGCGAGUCGUUGUUCUAAUCGUGAUCGAACGAGCAGACGUUCAGGGCUUCCAUCCAGCAAAACGAUAUCCGAUUUCGCGCUUUCACCAUUUGCUGGUUUUGUUUCGAAGAAAGAACGCGAAUGGCUUAUCAAAAUCCAACUGUUGCAAUGCCAGGGAUGUGGCAACCCAUAUGAAGAUGAUUUCUAUUUUACCGUUUGGCGGCAGAAGCAAAUAGCUUUGGAACGGCGGAAAAAAGGCUUAAAACCUGCAACCGGCGAAGAGGGGGAUGAAUGCGAUUACGCAAUAAGCACUGCAAAUGCACAUCAUUAUGUUCCACCAACUUUUGUUGGUACAUUGGGAAAACCAACGCUUUCCACUGUCAAUUAUCCAAGACAUUUAAUCGAUCUGUCGAACGAUACAACGGAUGAUGAUAAGCUUUCGAUGAAAAGCAGUGCAUCACAGAAGAAGCUGCGAGCACUUCUGUUACAGCUAGAAAAUAUUGCUUUACUGAUUGUUGAAUGUGAUGAUCGCAAGCGUUUCCUAAACGAAUUGAGGGAUGGUAUUCAAAGUCGGUUGAAAGCAGUGAUUGAUAGUCUUUGCUCCAGUGAUCGCCUUCAAACAGUUUUGCUCAUCAACAAGGGACGGCAAAUGUUCACACGUGCAUUAGCACUUGCUGAUGAAGAUCAGCGAGUGCUGCUGUUGAAAUAUUUUUUUACUGCUUUAACGAAUGCUUGGAAAAGAUUACCUACAAACGAGGUGUGUGUGCUUUUUGUGUCAAACAUGAUAUUCUCAGAUUUCCGGCGUUUUGACAGCCAAAAGCAGGGGCGGAUCCAGGGCGACCUCUUGGAGAGGAAGAAGUGA